AUGCAGAUUUUCGUGAAGACUUUGACUGGUAAGACCAUCACUUUGGAGGUGGAAUCUUCCGAUACCAUCGACAACGUUAAAAGCAAAAUACAAGACAAGGAAGGUAUUCCUCCCGACCAACAGCGUUUGAUUUUUGCUGGUAAGCAAUUAGAAGAUGGUCGUACCUUGUCUGACUACAACAUCCAAAAGGAAUCUACUCUUCACUUGGUCUUGCGCCUCCGUGGUGGUAUCAUUGAGCCCUCUUUGAAGGCUUUGGCCAGCAAGCACAACUGCGAAAAGCAAAUUUGCCGUAAGUGCUAUGCUCGUCUCCCUCCUCGUGCCACCAACUGCCGUAAGAAAAAGUGUGGUCACACCAACCAACUUCGUCCCAAGAAGAAGUUGAAGUAA